UCUUCAUUCAUUCAUUGUUCACAGCAACAAUAUCCCAAGAUGGCUGCACUUUGCGUGAAACAAAAUCUUCUAACACUUGUUGCAGUCGCAUUAAUCUUAGCAGGAUAUGUGAAGGCUCAAAGUUGUGGAUGUGCUGCAAACGAAUGCUGCAGCCAAUAUGGGUACUGUGGCACCACCAGUGAAUACUGCGGCCAGGGGUGCAAAGAAGGCCCUUGUACUACUACACCUUCAAGUGGUGUUUCCGUGGGUGAUAUUGUGACGGAUGAUUUCUUUAACGGGAUACUUAAUCAGGCCAGUGGAUCAGAUUGUGCAGGGAAGAGCUUCUACACCAGGGCUGCAUUCCUUGAUGCUCUUAAUUCCUACACUCAGUUUGGCACAACUGGGACUGCUGAUGAUUCUAAGCGUGAGAUUGCAGCUUUCUUCGCCCAUGUCACCCAUGAGACUGGAUCUCUCUGCCACAUAGAAGAGACAGAUGGUGCUUCCAGGGACUACUGUGGCGAGAGUAACACACAGUAUCCAUGCAACCCAGACAAAAAUUACUUUGGUCGUGGACCACUUCAGCUAACCUGGAAUUACAACUAUGGAGCAGCCGGAAAUAGCAUUGGGUUCGACGGAUUAAACGCUCCUGAAACAGUGGCCACAGAUGUCGUUGUUUCAUUUAAGACAGCCUUGUGGUUUUGGAUGAACAAUGUUCACUCGGUUCUAAGCCAAGGAUUUGGGGCAACAAUUCGGGUGAUUAAUGGUGCAGUUGAAUGUGAUGGUAAAGAGCCUGAAUUGUUGUAUUACAAUCAAUACUGUAGCCAAUUGGGUGUUGCUCCCGGUGAUAAUCUCAGUUGCUAGGAUUCUUAACCUCUCUUUAAUUUCUUGGAUACAAAGAAAUAAAGAAUGUCAAAUAAAUUAGCAUUUGAUGGCCUCAUAAAUAAAGGAAAUAAAGAGUAUUCUCAUUUGCUUUUA